AUGUUUCCUGCUACUUUAAAUAUAUUGAAGUGUAAAACUAAAAAAAUAAGCCCUUGGAAGAUAAUCGUUAGACAUUAUGAAAUCCCAGAGGAAUUUAAGGCCGUGAUCUCCGACCCAAAUCCUAUGUUCUAUAAGAUGGUCCAGUACUUUUACCAUAACGCCGUGAGUGUCUGCGAACCUUCACUGAUGGACCAUCUCAGCAAACACACUCACAUGUCGGAGAAGAAGAGGAAGCAGAGAUUGGAUGGCAUUUUAAAGGUUAUGGGUUCCUGCAACAGUUCUCUCCAGUUUGAGUUCCCGUUGCAGAGAAAGAGUGGCGACUACGAGAUAAUACAUGCCUACCGAUCUCAACACAGUGUUCAUCGACUGCCUUGUAAAGGAGGUAUUCGAUUCUCGACCGCUGUUGAUCUUCAGGAGGUAAAGGCCCUGGCAUCCUUGAUGACUUACAAAUGUGCCUGUUCUAAUAUUCCUUAUGGCGGCGCUAAAGGAGGCGUAUCGAUAGAUCCAAAGAAGUACACUGUGGCAGAGCUUCAAAGGAUCACGAGGCGAUACACUCUGGAAUUAGCGAAGAAAAACUACAUUGGAGCCGGCAUCGAUGUUCCGGCACCCGACAUGGCAACAUCAGGCAGGGAGAUGUCUUGGAUAGUUGAUACCUAUAUCAAAACUCUCGGCUACAAGGAUCUAAAUGCUGCCGCGUGCGUGACGGGCAAACCCAUUAAUGGAGGAGGCAUCCAUGGCCGCGUCGAGGCGACUGGUCGCGGCACUUUCAUAGCCCUGGAGAACUUUUGUAACAGGAAGGAAUAUAUGGACAUGGUCGGCUUGGAGACUGGUCUAAAUGGUAAAACUGCAAUCAUACAAGGCUUUGGCAAUGUCGGUGCUUAUGCUGCUUUAUACCUGCAGAAAAAGGGAGUAAAGAUAAUCGGUGUGUUAGAGUUCGGAGUUAAUCUUAAAAAUCCUGAAGGAAUUCAAUCGCAGGAUCUGUUUAAUUACAUGAGAAAAAAUAAAGGCAAUGCUAAAGGAUUUCCCGGUGCACAAGAAUGUGGACCUGAGAUACUGUACGAAAAGUGCGACAUACUCGUUGCGGCUGCAUCAGAGAAGACCAUCACCAAUGAAGUCGCCCCAAAACUGAACUGUAAGGUAAUAGCAGAAGGAGCUAAUGGGCCCACGGUGCCGUCGGCUGACAAGACCCUGCAGGAAAAGAAAAUACUUGUCCUUCCUGACUUGCUUGUAAACUCUGGUGGCGUCACUGUGUCUUAUUUUGAGUUCCUGAAGAACCUUAACCACGUUAGCUUCGGAAAACUGAGUAUCAAGUUUUGGAGGGAUUCUAACACUGCACUUUUAGAUUCCGUGGAACAGUCGCUAAAGAAAGCAAAGGUAAACGCCAAGAUCGAAGCAUCUCCAGUAUUCCAGACUAUGAUGUGUGGUGCCAAUGAGAAGCUCAUAGUUAACUCUGGACUUGAAUACUCCAUGAACAAUGCUUGUCAGAACAUUGUGACAGCGAAUCAGAAACAUAAACUUGGCCUGGACCUAAGGACGUCCGCCUACAUAACUGCCAUUGAGAAGAUAUUCGUUACGUAUGAUGAACACGGUUUAGCCAUAUAA